UUCUUGCCCAACCAGCAGUAGAGGCUGUGACAUUUGAGUACAUCACAGAUGCUGCCCACCUCCAACAAAGCAUUACUCACACUGUGACAGCCCUGCUCUGAGUGCUGUGUUUAAAAAGAGCUCACUUAGCCUCAUGUACGCUCAGGAACAACCACAAGGCAUCUUAGUGGCUGUAGAACAUCUGAUUUACUUCAAAAUAAUCUGAUUACAUGCAGGGGCAGACUAACAUACACACCAGCAUUAUCAACAGAAUGUAUGUGCCCGGGGCUGUGCUGGCCCUCUGCCUGCCCUGCUUUCUCAGUGGGAAUGUGUUUGGUUAUGAAUACGGAGAGGAUUACUCUGAUUCCUACUAUAAUGAAAUCUCCAACGGUGAACUGCAAACAGGAGCUAAACAAAUUCAAUGUCCGCCUCAAGACCUCUCACGCUGGGACAAACUUUUCAUCAUGCUGGAGGACUAUCAAAUGAAGCAAGACAUGUUCUUGCAGCAGAAUGAAGACAUGGUUAAGGCGGAGAUGAACUCCAUACGGAGGGAGCUCCAUAAGCUUAACAACAACAACAACAACGUGUGUGUCCAGGCCUCAGAAAACACCUGUAAGUGUGUAAGUGAACAGAUGAAUCGCAAUCUGAAUCAAGCCAUGGACCAGCUCAGAGAGGCUGCAGAUAUGUAUCAAGCCCAAAACAAUGAGACGCUGCAGCAGCUCAUUCAGUACAGCAGGAACCAGGCCACCCGUCUCACCAAACUGGAGAGCAGCUCACUGCUGGGAGCAGGUCUGGGGCAAGUGGCCAUGAAGUCAUACUCCACUUAUCCAAAGGAAGAAGAAGCAAGCAAUGCAGAUGGCGGUAAGCUGGAGAAAGCGCUAAUGGCCACCGUUGCAGAUCUCCAAAGGAUACAAGCCCAGCUAGCCCUUUUCCAACGAGCAACGGCACACCGAUUCCUGCCCUCAGGCUGUGAAAUGGCUUUAUUAUUCCCAAUGCGCUCCAAGCAUAUCUUCGCCGAGGUAACACCCUCCAUGUCCAUGUCCCUUCAAUCAUUCACCAUCUGUCUGUGGGCCAAAGUGACUCAGUCACUGAAUAAAACAGUGCUUUUCUCUUACGGAACCAAGAAAAACCCUCAAGAGCUCCAGCUUGUUUUGGCAAGACACUCGGUGCUCCUCACAGUGGGUGGUGAGACCCAUCUAGUGGAAGCUCAGAGCGUAGUAACAGACGGUCAGUGGGGACACUUCUGUGGAGCUUGGAGCUCAGAGCAGGGGUUGGCCACUUUGUGGGUGAAUGGAGAGAACGUUGCCAAAGUGCCUGGGGUAGCCGAAGGGCACGUACUGCCCAGUAAUGGGUUCAUUAUUCUCGGGCAAGAACGCAGCCGGUCGGGUAUCUACAGAGAUCUGGACUCAUCGGUUGCCUUCACUGGAAAAAUGACAGGGGUGAAUAUGUGGGACCACAUGUUGGAAGCAGGGAGGAUUAAAGAGUAUGCCAAUCAAGACGGAUACUGUGAUAGCCGUGGGAAUGUGAUUGGAUGGGGUGUAUCAGAGAUCAUUCCACAUGGUGGCGCUCAAUAUAUCAACUGAGACUGCAUGCAUCACAAUACAAUCUUGCACAUUAAGUAAUAUUACAUUGUAUAUCAUCAAUGAUUUUGUAUUUACCUUCUUUUUCAUUUUAAAUAAAAAGCACAGCUUAAAAGGAUUUGUUCUCCCAAAACUGAAAAUUUGCUGUGUGUUUAUUCACCGUGAGGCCAUCCAAGAUAUAGAUGAUUGUCUUUCUUCAGUAAAAGAAUAAAGAAGAUUUUUAGCUCAACUCAUGAUCCCUGGUGAUGCAAAAAAUGCAAGUCAAGGGUACAGUCACUUUGAGAGAAAAACUAAAGCAGAUAUAUAUAAAAAAAAACUAAAUGAAUCGCUGUGGCUCCUGAAGAUAUAGUGAGGUCUAAUGUAGUAAAACAACUGGUCUGUGUGAAACUGAAUGUUCCAAAUGUUCUGAAACUGAAUAUUAUUUACAACAUCAUUACCUAUAAUCCAUGCAGUUUCGGGUUCUUAAACAGAGCCAUCAUUUCACUUCAUAAGACCUCAAUAUAUCAUCAGGAGACACAAUUUGAAGAAUUCAUUUUGUAUUUCUGUAACUGCUUUUUUACUCUUAAAGUGACGGUAUUCAUUGGCCUAUAUUUUAUGAAUCACCAAGGACCAGCUAAAAUCUGCAUUUCUGUUCUACUGGAGAAAGAAAGUCAAAUAAAUCUUGAAUGACCUAAGGGUGUUUCAUUUUUGGGUGAACUACUCCUUUAAAGGGAUAAUCUACACAGAAAUGAAAUUUCUGUCAUCAUUUACUCACCCUUGUGUCAUGUAUGAUUUUUUUCCCCCGUGGAACACAAAAGAAGAAAUUUUGAUAUGUUUCUCAAUGAGUUUGUCCAUAUAAUGAAAUCCAACGGGGUGCAAUGGAAUUUUAUUGUAUGGACAAAACAGCUGAAACAUUUUUCAAAAUAUCUUUUGUGUUCCAUAGAAGAAUAAAAAUCAAGCAUGUUUGGAAAGACACAAGCGUGAGUAAAUGAUGACACAUAUUAUUUAUUAUUUUUUCAAUUUUAGAAGAGAAUUGCAUUACCAUGUAAAUAAAUUAGUUAAAUGAGUAAAAAGCUAAUAAAUUCUAGCGGUGUGGCUCAGUGAGCAUAAUUAAUGGACUACAAAUAGAACUUUGUUGUCCAAAUGUACAUUUUAAUGACUUAAGGUGGGGCAAGUCUGGAUUUAUUUACAUCACCAUGCUGGAUAUGACUGUUUACAUUGCUUACUAAUAAUUCAAAUCAGAUUUUCCCUCUUCUAUAGUUUAGUAAUUUACAAUGUCUGGCGUAUUGCUGAAUAGGUGUUGCUCCAGUAUAACUAUUGCCAGUUGGUCCAGUCUGACCACAAAUAAUAUAAAAUGACCAAAACAAGGCGUGUGCUUUAACCAUAAUGGCAGUAACUCUGAAAUGACACACACAUGUGUACAUGUAAUGAUUAUUACAAUGAGCAGUACUUUCCAGUGGUGUGGGAGGCAUAUGGUCAAAAUAGCCCUUCUCAUUUUAAAUGACUUAACUUCGUCAUGUCAACCUAAAUAUAGACUAUAUUUAACCAAA